CGGAAACCUUAGUCAUGCCCUAGAGACGCAAGGAGGAGUCGGCCGCGCUGAGCAAGCGAAGGCUGUGUGGCGAUCGUAUGCGGGUGUUGACGGGUUAUUUUCCUUCGCAACGAAUAUCAAAGCAAUCCCCUUUCUAGCCUUUUUACUGUAAAGCCGAGUCGCCGCUUGGUCACACUCAAGAUGGCGGCGGCGCGCCUUUCGACGAAAGGGAGAAGGGGAGUUUCCUCAGCCGCCGAGGCGCGCGCGCGGCCGUUAGGGGGGCGCCCGGAGGGAGAGCCGCUGCCAUGGCUGCUCGCAACCCUUGGGAUCCCGUCCAGCCCUCGGCGGCCCGGCUGAUGCUGGAGCGGUGCCUGUCCGCGGGAGUGCUGUCCCAGGAUACACUGAAUAUAUGUGGAAAGCCGCCUCCUUGUUUUGUUCAUUUCUCAGAGGUGGAACAAAUUGCUGACCUCCAAGCUGAAAUCAAUGAGAUUAAUCUGGAGACUGAAAUCCUGCAGAUGGAAAAAGAUACAGCAGACAUUACUCAUCCAUUCUACCUGACACAGAAAUGCCAGUCUCUCCAGGCAAUGAAUAGGCACCUAGAAGCAGUGCUGAAAGAUAAAAGGAGUCUUAGGCAGAGGUUGGUGAAACCAUUGUGUCAAGAAAGCCUGCCUAUUGAAGCAGUCUUCCACAGGUAUGCAGUAGAAUUGUUGACAAUGGCAGUAGCUUUUAUUGAAAAGCUGGAAACCCAUCUGGCCACAGUAAGAAGCAUUCCUCAGAUACCUCUUACUGUAAAAAACAUGGAUAGUGCACUAGCAAAGAUAGACCUGUUGGUAUCCGAGACAGAAGAGCUGGCGGAACAAAUACUGCAGUGGAGAGAGAAACAAAAAAGAAUCUUCAUUGACCAUUCACAACUAACUCUUGAAUCAGAUUCUUGGUUCAGAAGUAUACGAUAGCACACUGUUUGUUCCUUCCUGGUUUUCAGCCUGAUUAGCAGUUAUGUAUGAUUGAUACAAUAUGUGUUUUAUUCUUGUUCUCAAAGUUACAACCACUUGUAUGUGUCUUCCGGAAUAAAAAUUUUGGACAUAAAUUACUUGGUGGAACUGAUGGCUAACGAGGUCCUUGAGGAAAGUUUCAAUGAGAAAUGCCAUGACUACCUUAAUUUUAUAUAUUCUGUAUUUAUAGAAAGUGAAUAAAGUAAGUAUAAAAAGC